AUGUACGCAAUUCGCUUUUCCUUAUUGAGGUUUAUUGAACAUUCUGGCGCCUAUCCAUCAGCUAUGGAAUUUACAAGUCAGCCGCCAGUUUUAUCUGUCUUCGUCGCUGACUGUUCUUUGUUAGACCCUCCCUUGAUCAUCGACGACGGGCCCCAAGCGAUUCUCUUGAAACGCUGCGUCUCCGACUACGACAAAGUCGACCAAACCUGUCUCACCAAUAACUACCUCAACGCCUAUUCUGACACCUACGGGUUGCGCAGUGGAGGGCGACGGUUUCGUGACGGUGGACAUAGGUUUUCUUUGAAGGAACAGAGAUACCCACUUCUUUUCAAGCAACAUACAGGAAACAUGAAUCCCUUUCGCGUUCGACCAUCCCCGGUAGCCCCGGUCUUCAACUCCGUUGACUGCACCGCAAUCACCGACCCCACGUACUUGGAACAGAGGCUCGUUUUCGCGCUAGAUGAUUACAAGAAUCACGUCGAGAAUAUCCGCACCGAACAACUCAACUGGGCUAAUUCAAGACUGCCGUUUCUAAAGGAUGCUAUUGACGCCCCCCUGCUUGCGAAGGCUCAGCGGAUCAUCAAGCAUAAGGAGUGGACGCCACGCUACGAGCCUUUUGGAGAAAAGCGAUACGAACCGGGCCGACCUCAGGAUGCCCUCCACGAGAUACGCGACGUCAUCCUCCUCCACGCAGCACCACUAUUCGCGUACUCAUCUACAUCCAGGGUUCGAGAGCAGAUCACUAACCAUGGGUUACACGUCAGUGGAGGAGCAGAGCGGAUAUACCAACACCAGCGAGGCAUUUUUCCCGUGGGUCCGUAUGGGACUACGAUUCCGCCCUACCGGCAGGAUAUUAGUCAGGCUGCCAUGCGUCGGGAAUUCUUUGACGUCGAGUCAUCCCUCCCUUCCAUUGGCACUGGUCCGGCUGUGAUCCAAAACCCGAUUCCUACCAAUUCCUGGAUCAUGUUCAUCCCGACUACCGGCUUCUCACCAAAAGGCCACCUUGUUUUUAGUCGGCUCGAUGUUGGUUUCCGAGAAACAUUUGAGCAUUAUGCUCUCGCAACACCUCACCUUUCCCCCGGCGCCUUCCUCCCUUAUGAUAUAGUUGCCUUUGGUAACACCCUGAUUCCAGAGGAGAUUCCAGGUACCCAGAUUGUUCGCGCCAACACUGGUGAAUUACGCGUCUCCAUCACAACAACCCCGGAACCACCUCUCGCUCUAUAUGAAGCAUUGGAUGUCCAUGAGGCUGAUUUUUUUUUCGUUCCAUUCUAUGCCAUUGGGGCGAAGCCCUAUGCCGGAAUUUGCGUAAAAAGAGUGUCUACGCGUGGGUCCAACCAAUAUGUGGGGAUCUACUAA